GAAUAUGUUAUACUUGCCAACGUUUUUUGUGUAUCGAAGUUAUGUUAAUCGUUCUUGCUCUCUACAUUGUGGAAGGACUGCAGUUUGAUAAUGGUUAUCUCUCCUCUUUCUUUGUGACAGACAAUGAGAAGAUGGCUGUUGAGUUCGACCAUUGCAAACUGCUUCUUGUUGACAUGAAAAUUGCCAACGCAGAAGACAUUGUUGGUGUUAUUGAGGUUGCCAUUAGAGGAGGUUACCCACUUUUAGUAAUCGCACAAGAAAUUGACCUGGAGGCGUUAGCUAUCCUUGUUGGUUACAAGCGUAGAGGCGCACUUAAGAUUGCAGCUCUCAAAGCUCCAGGUUUUGGAGAGCUCAAGAGCCAGUACCUUGAUGAUAUUGCCAUCCUCACUGGAGCAACUGUGAUUCGAGAGGAAGUUGGUCUUUCACUUGACAAAUCUGGAAAAGAGGUUCUUGGACAUGCUGCAAAGGUGGUCCUCACUAAGGAAAGUUCGACCAUUGUUGGUGAUGGGAGCACACAUGACGCAGUGCAGAAGCAUGUUACACAAAUUAAGAACCUUAUUGAGCAAGCAGAGCAAGGUUACGAGAAGGAAAAACUGAACGAGAGAAUUUCAAAGCUCUCUGCUGGAGUUGCUGUGAUUCAGGUGGGAGCACAAACGGAGGCAAAACUCAAAGAGAAGAAACUUAGAGUUGAAGAUGCUCUUAACGCUACAAAGGCUGCUGUUGAGGAAGGUGUUGUGGUUGGUGGUGGUUGUAUUCUUUUACAUCUUGCUUCCAAGGUUGAUGUCAUUAAAGACUCCCUUGAUGAUGAAGAAAAGGUCGGAGCUGAUAUAGUGAAAAGAGGACUGACUUACCCUCUGAAACGGAUCUCCGAGAAUGCUGGAGAGAAGGUGCUUGCUAACGAGGAUCUGAUGGCUGCAAAGGUGCUGAGAUGUUGCUUGGAGAACUCGGUUAAGGUGUUAAGGACAUUCUUUAUGUCACAUCAAGGAGCCUGAGCCCACACCUCUCCACCUCUCUCAAACGAAGAAAAUAAAAGAACAAACUCUGCUUGAUCCUUUUGUAUCCGCAUGCCUUUACAAGCAAAUGUCGCUUCCUUGGUGAAGAAGUAACGUGCUCAAGUCACAAACCUCUUCCCACUUAUCCCUUCUUUUUCCUUUUUCAUUCUUCUGGGCUUUAAUUUUUUUCCUUUUUCUUUUCUGGACG